AUGGGUGUUGAUCCGGCCGAAAUCUCUCGAGCCCAGAUGGACGAUGGUGUGAGAUACAGCCAAGACCGGGUGAAGCACAACGGCGCUAGAAGCCGCGAUGCUCUGGGGCCGUGGCAUCGAGAUUGGAACAAACAAGUCAACAAAGGGACCAAAAAGGCUUUCAGCAUAUUGCUCUACACAAUCCAUGCGAGAGGCGCCCUCAGCCGCGUCAAGCUGGGCCGGCCAUUGAUCAGGGCUCUCGACUGCGUGACGGGCCACAAGGGCCAGGCCAGGCCAGGCCAGACCAGGGUGCGGCUCACCGAGAUGCCUCAUUUACCGCCCUGCAUAUGGACCACUGGGCGACAGCGUGCCAGAGGAUGCAGCGCUGACGUGCGCUGGCGAUGA